CGACAUUUGCACGAUACCGACUUUUAGUUCACCGCUGUCCGCUUACGGAGGUCAACCAGCUGAUUCAGUCAAUUGCGAUAGAGCUUCGACUCGCAUCGCCUCGUGAUCCAGGACGACCACCGAGCCUGCACCUUGAUCGCUCCUGGCCGGAACAAUGUGUUUCUUCAAGACCGCUGUCUAAACCGAUACCUUUUUAUCGACUCUCGAACCUUUCAACAUCCUUUUUGCGCAAUUCAUGAAGACAUCCUCGCUACUCCGGCCACACGUUCCUUGAUUCGACCUCUCAACGACCCACAAUCGCUCGGAAAAGGACAGACACAAGCUUAAGCUUGCUUGCUUGAACACGUCGGCUGGCAUGCAACCAGCUUGCGCACCCUCGACUACUCGAUCUAUCAUCAACGCAAGUUUUCGGGCGGUCCCGAAUUGAUUGCUGCGGGUCGCUAUGGGUGCUGCCUGCUGCCGGCCAGAGGCCAUCGACUUUGACGGUGAAGUCAACCUCUUUCAUUUCUUUCUCUUGCGGAGCGUUGGGAAGGGUGCAUUCGGAAAGGUUCGCGUCGUCCAACACAAACAAUCCAAGACGCUAUAUGCACUCAAAUACAUCAACAAGCAAAAAUGUGUCAAGAUGAAGGCAGUCGCCAAUAUCGUGCAAGAGCGGAGAUUGUUAGAAGAGAUCGAUCACCCGUUUGUCGUCAACCUGAGAUACGCCUUUCAAGACGACGAGAAUUGCUUCUUUGUGCUGGAUCUGAUGUUGGGAGGAGAUCUGAGAUUCCACCUCGAACGACAAGGGCUGUUGUCGGAAGAAGUGGUCCGUUUCUAUAUAAGUGAAAUCGCAUUGGCCAUCGAUUAUCUCCAUAGCAAGAAAAUCGUCCAUCGGGACCUCAAGCCCGAUAACAUCCUCCUUGACGAGAGGGGUCACGUACACCUGACGGAUUUCAAUAUCGCCGUACACUUUUCCGAUAGGAGACUACUGACGGGGGUGGCCGGAAGCCUGGCCUAUAUGGCGCCUGAGGUUCUAACAAAGAAAGGAUAUUCGGCUCCUGUCGACUGGUGGUCUCUCGGUGUUUGCGCAUACGAGUUGAUGUUUGGCAAGAGGCCAUUCCGGGGCAGAACAAAUACGAAUCUGACAGAGGCCAUCCUGAGAGAACCGCUGAGCUGGCCGGCGGACGCUUCGACACGAAUAUCUCCUGAAGGCAUGCAAGUUGUGCGCAGUCUUCUCGAGCGAGACCCCAACAAAAGGCUAGGGUACCGGGCCGACGGAAGCGCUCUCGCUAACCUAAAAGCGCAGCCGUGGUUUGCCGGCCUCGAUUGGGAGGUCGUAGGAAACAAGGCAGCGGUACCGCCAUUCGAACCGGACUCGAAGAAAGCGAACUUUGACGCCACUCAUGAGCUGGAAGAGUUGUUGUUGGAAGAGAAUCCUCUCAAAGCCCGGAAACGCAAUCCUAACGCCAAUCUCGACAACCUCAGUAAGGAGAUGCGAUUGAUGGAGGAACACUUCACUGUCUUUGAUUAUACCAAGCGAGGCCGAAAGAGCUAUUACCGCGGACACGCCCCGUCUGAACGGAUGUCAAUAGACCCAAACCUGCUAGCAUCAUCAGCAACCGGUAUUCCAGGUCGUCCGGAUCUUGGGGAAGAACGGUCACAAUUGUGUUCUACUACCGGCCUAGAUAUUGAAGGACAGAUCGCCGAUGGAGGUGGUCUGGCGGCCUUGCGAGAUAGUAACGCUUAUCCACCGACUGAACAUGGAGAGGAACGCGAGCCCGGUAGUCGGUAUCGAAAUUAGGAGGAAUGUCUUGUAUCCCAGUUAUAAUUCACGCGCACACCAGUCAUUUCACGCAGGACUCUUGACU